AUGGCAGGACACAAAGCCCGGCGCAUAGCCAAGGACCUUGCAGACAUUCGUUCCGAUUCCGCGUCUCAAAUAUUUGCGGAAACAGUCGGCGACAGCAUUACCAACCUCCGUGGUUCUUUCAAAGGUCCAGAGGGCACACCAUAUGAGGGAGGAACCUACGAGGUCUCUAUCAACAUCCCGAAUGAAUAUCCCUUCAAACCUCCGGUGAUGAAGUUCAUUACCAAGAUCUGGCACCCCAAUAUCUCCAGUCAGACAGGUGCGAUCUGUCUUGAUACCCUGAGCACGGGGUGGUCACCUGUGUUGACCAUCAAAUCUGCCAUGAUUUCACUGCAGUCAUUGCUCAGUUCCCCCGAGCCCAAAGACCCGCAGGAUGCUGUGGUGGCCCAACAACUGAUCAAGAACCCGAAGGAGUUUGAAAGACAAGCGAGAGAGUGGGCAGUCAAAUAUGCUGGAGCGCCCAAAACGAACGUCGGAGAGAGUAGUGGUGGUUCGACCGACCAAACCAUUGAGCAGGCCGAGAAGGAGAGUGAAGAGAGAGAAGAGGCUGCCAAUCUUGCAGUCUAUGAUGGAUACAACAAGGACUUGAUAGACCGCUUUGUCCUGAUGGGGUUCGACGUCGAAAGAGUGGUGGAAGCGUUCAAUUAUGUUGGCAUCGACCGGAAUGGUGGGCAAGACUACGAGCUUGAGGAGGCGUAUAUGGGCGAUAUCACCGCCAGGCUACUGGGCGAGCCGUGA